CUGAUGGAGAACUACACCUACAACAGCUUCACCCUGCAGCUGGAGAGGCUGAAUGUCUCCAAGGACUCUGUCUACCCCGUCUUUCUCUUCUUCUUUUUCUCCUACAUUUUCAUCAUAGUCAUGAAUGCAGGUAUUGCACUACUGGUUUUCACAGACAAGAGCCUCCACCAGCCCAUGUACCUGCUGUUCUGCAACCUGCCGGUUAACGACAUCCUGGGGAACUCUAUCAUGGUGCCUCGUCUGCUGUCAGACAUGCUGCUGCGCUCAGAGCCCCUCAUCAGUUAUUACGAGUGUGUGGUCCAAGCCUUCACCACACACAUGUUCGGGACUGCUGCUCACACUGUGCUCAUGAUCAUGGCGUUUGACAGAUACGUGGCCAUCUGUAACCCCCUGCGCUACUCCGCCAUAAUGACCAACAGGAUGGUGAUGAAGCUGACGGUGUCGGCCUGGGGAGUGGCUUUGGUUUUGGUGGGGAUUCUGCUGGGUCUGACCGUACGGCUGGACCGAUGCAGGACUCUGAUCACAAACCCUUACUGUGACAACGCCUCUUUAUUCAAACUCUCCUGUGAGAGCGUGUUCAUCAAUAACGUCUAUGGCCUCACCUUCACUGUCGUCUUGUUCACAGCUUCCAUCGGCAGCAUGGUUCUCACCUACACUAAGAUCACAGUCGUCUGUCUGAUGAGUAAGAACAAGUCUCUGAACAGUAAAGCUUUAAAGACCUGCAGCACUCAUCUGGUGGUGUAUCUCAUCAUGCUGAUCAGUGGGUAUAUUGUCAUCAUCCUGCACCGCUUCCCUCAGUACUCAGACUACAGAAAACUUUCUGCCAUUUUGUUCCACAUCAUCCCUGGAAGCCUCAACCCCAUCAUCUACGGCGUGCAGUCUGCAGAAAUCUGCAAAUCUCUGUCUAGGUUAUUCCGAUCCAAACCGGUCAUGCCGUUAUUCUGAGAAUUCAAACAUUUACAGAUCAAAUCAUCACAUGUCAGCUACACUGCCUUGUUGUAUUUGAAACACAUGUUCAUUUUAUUUUGUGUCAGUUUACUAAUUUGGUUAAUUGUAGAAAUUCUCUUUGGUAUCACCGAUCUGCUGCGACCGGCUGCACAAAACACACCUGGUUUGAUUAAUGAAACGUGAGCAGAAUGAAUUUGUGUGUGUCAGGAUUCACCAAGAUGUUAGUGACUCAGCUCUUUGCAUAGGUACCAACAAAAUCUACACCUGCUGCUGGAGCCUGUGUUAUUACUGCACAUAUGUUGUCAUAAUUAGAAAUGACUCCUCUGCCCUCUUUACACACCACAGCCCCACACUGCAUGUCAUUUGUGUUUUAUUUAAUUAUCAGAGACGCGACAUGGGAGACAUAAACUUUAUUUCACGCUGAGUUUGAUAUGUGGAUAUGAGAUGUGUGUGGCUGCCACAGGGAGCAGCUGUUGGAUAAACAACACACUUUUAAUGAAGAACUGAUGCCAUGAGCCAAAUUUAAAAACUUAAAUACAAAAUUGUUAAAGAGAAAUAGUCACAUCAGGACUAACAGAAGGAAAUAAAAUGUUUCUGUUAACCCCCCCCGUCAGCUAACGUAACUUCAGUCUCAGCGUCAGUAAAG